AUGUUGUCCAUACUUAAAUGCAAGCCCUCACUCUCCAGACUGAGCUCCCACAUAGGCAGGCAAUCAUACAGGGCAUUAUCGACUACGAGGCAUGCUUUUCAGGAGCAGGCGCCACCGGGAACACAUCUUCACCAUAUUGAGCAGAAGAGUGACGAUAACGAUUUUUACGUGAUCAAGAAAAGAGGAAAUUUCUACGAUGAGCUUCCAGACCCAAGCGAGGCCAAUGGAGCAUUUUCUCCUAAAAUUGACGUUGAAGUGAACUCUGCAAUGGGCAACUACUCGCAGUUCAUAGACAGCGCGGCAAAGUUGGACACGUGGAAUUUGUACAAUGCCGACUCCCCGGAAUACUCAGUGAGAAAGAAGAAAAUUAGACAUUUCACGUUGAACUUCGGCCCACAGCAUCCAGCUGCCCACGGAGUGUUGAGAAUGAUCUUGGAGCUUCAUGGUGAGGAAAUCGUGAGAGCAGAUCCCCAUGUUGGUUUGUUGCACAGAGGAACGGAAAAGCUUAUUGAGUCUAGAACUUAUAUGCAGGCACUCCCAUACUUUGACCGUUUGGAUUACUGUUCCAUGAUGACAAACGAGGAGGUGUUCAGUUUGGCCGUCGAGAAGUUGCUCAACAUCGAGGUGCCCAUCAGGGGCAAGUACAUCCGUACGCUUUUCGGAGAGAUAACGCGUAUUUUGAACCACUUGAUGUCGAUUUUGUCGCAUGCGAUGGAUGUUGGUGCCUUGACCCCCUUCUUGUGGGGUUUCGAGGAGCGUGAGAAGUUGAUGGAGUUCUACGAGCGUGUCAGCGGUGCAAGGAUGCACUCGGCCUACGUCAGACCUGGUGGUGUUGCCAAGGACCUGCCAAUUGGUCUCUUGGACGAUAUCUACAUGUGGGCGACUCAGUUUGGAGAUAGGUUAGAUGAGACGGAGGAAUUGCUCACGGAUAACCGUAUUUGGAAGCAGAGAACUGUGGACAUCGGCGUUCUUUCUGCAGAGGACGCUCUGGCAUAUGGAUUAUCCGGAGUUAUGCUUAGAGGAUCUGGUAUUCCAUACGAUAUCAGGAAAGCACAGCCAUACGAUGCAUACGACCGCAUGAAUUUUGAUAUAGCUGUGGGAACCAAGGGAGACUGUUACGACAGAUACUUGAUCAGGAUGGUGGAGUUCCGGGAGUCGCUUAGAAUCAUCGAGCAGUGUAUAAACGAGAUGCCUGCAGGACCGGUCAAGGUUGAGGACUUCAAGAUUUCACCACCUCCUAGGGAGUUGAUGAAGAACAAUAUGGAGGCCUUGAUCCACCACUUCUUGUUGUUCACAAAGGGUUACCAGGUUCCUCCGGGAGAAACUUACACUGCAAUUGAAGCUCCGAAGGGUGAGAUGGGUGUCUAUGUGAUCAGUGAUGGCUCUGAGAGACCUUAUAAGUGCAAGAUCAGGACUCCUGGUUUCGCCAACUUGGGUGCAUUUGAUCAUAUUGCCAGAGGCUACUUGCUUCCGGAUGCUGUUGCCAUAAUCGGUACUAUGGAUUUGGUGUUUGGUGAAGUUGACCGUUGA